AUGGCGCCCCUCCCACCAGACCUCAUGGCCACGCAGCUCUCAACAAUAGACCUGCUAACCGCAAUGUAUCCCUCACCCGGCGAACUAGACCUCGACGCCUCAACAGCAGAGUGCAUCGAGAGACUGCGAGAGUGGUGCGAGGCCGCGGAAUCAGAUCCAUCUUCAAUUUCAAGUCCACCACGCAUCCCCAUCCCCUGCAGCAUAUUACUCGCAGUGCACUCCCCGCUCUCCAACGGGAAGACGAUCCAAGUCAACGUGUCUAUACCGAUGUGCCAUCUCCCAGAACAGAAAGAGGCAGAUGAAGGCGAAGCGCCUCCAGUUACUUAUUCCCUCCGACAACCAGACUGGAUGUCGAAAGCGGAACUGGGCAGAUUAUCGUCUGAGUUGCCGAGCGACGAUGUCUUCGCGGCGCUGGAGUAUAUCCAGGAGGAAGCGGGCGCUUUCCUGGAAUCAAUAUCAGCGCCAGAGCAAGGCUCGACCUCAGCUCAAACGCUCGCACAAGAAAUAAAUGAUCCCCUUGUCCGCGUCUGGUUCUACUUCCCUUCCCUCUCGACGCGCGCAAAGCGCUCGGACAUGGUCAACUAUGCGCCGGACUAUGGGUUAACGGGUUUCGUGCUAGCGGGAAAACCGGGCGUGUUGUGUCUUGAGGGGGCGUCGAGGGAUAUCGAUUCGUACAUGAGCUUUAUCAAGACACAUUCGUGGGGUGAUAUCCCCGCGCACCAGAAGAAGGUUAGCGAGCGGUAUCGUGAGACGGAGGGGGUCGAGAGGGUGUUUGGGGGUAUGGAGGAGAUUACGGAUUCCCUCGGGGAGCGAGGAGGGCAGAGGGCGAAUCGCGGGGACAUGCAGGCUUUGGAGGCUUGGCUUGGGAGUAGAGGGGUGGGAGAGGCAUUCGAGAAGGUUAUUUUCUGA